ACAGCCAGCGAGCCAGAGAUCCACGCAGACGGUGCACAAACCCGCCCCCCCCCCGGCCAUGCCCAACUCACACACCUACCCCGCCCCGUUAGCCGCUGCUCGGCCCCGUUAUCCCGCCCUGACGUCGGGCCGCCUCUGGUUUUACCUGGCUGGCCGCUGCGGGCUGAGCCAUCCGCCGCUCGCCCGUGCGCCCCUGCCCGUGCGCUCCAGCUCCCCGUGCGCCCCGGGCGCGCCAUGGCCGCGGCGGUGGAGGCGGGGGGCUUCUUCCUGGGCGCGUUUGGCUGGGGGCUGCUGGGGGUGACGCUGCCUAACAGCUACUGGCGGGUGUCCACGGUGGAGGGCAACGUGAUCACCACCUCCACCCUCUUCGAGAACCUCUGGCAGAGCUGCGCCACCGACUCCACCGGCGUCUACAACUGCUGGGACUUCCCCUCCAUGCUAGGGCUGACUGGCUACCUGCAGGCCUGCCGAGCCCUGAUGAUCACAGCCCUGCUCUUUGGCUUCCUGGGCAUCAUCUGCAGCGUGGUGGGGAUGAAGUGCACCAAGGUGGCGAACGGGAACCCCGCAGUCAAGGGGAAGAUGGCGGCCACUGGGGGCUGCAUGUUCAUCCUGGGGGGGCUGUGCGGGAUGGUGGCACUCUCCUGGUACGCCUUCAACAUCACCCGCGACUUCUUCGACCCCCUCUUCCCCGGCACCAAGUAUGAGAUCGGCCCGGCGCUGUACCUGGGCUGGAGCGGGUCCCUGCUGGCCAUCGUCGGGGGCGGCUGUCUCCUGGGGUCCUGCUGCACCCAGUCCUCGCGGGACAAGAGCUUCAGCUACCACAACGCCGCGCCCAAAGCCGGCCCCGGUCGCCCGCGAACUUCCAAUGGCAGCAGCGGCGGGCAAUACGGCAAGAACGCCUAUGUCUAGGCGGGGGGCCGGGGCCGGGGGGGGGACGACCCGCUGCAACCCCCCCCCCCCGCACCGGACUCCGCCCUCCCGGCCCCCCGUGCAGGGACGUGUCGCCCCGAUCCCCCGGGAACGGGAGAGGGGGCAGGAGCGUUUGACAACUUGCGAGGCCGGAAGACUCCGCUCGAUCACCCAGCCCAGGGCCCCCCAGGGCCCCCCAGGCCAGGAUCCCAGAGGGCGAGCCACACCCCGUGCUGCAGCGGAAGACGGGGGGAAAAAAACCCCAAAAAAACCAACCACCACCCCCCGCCCCCCCCCCAAUGUCCCUGCUCAGCUGACUUGGGGGGAAAAGUCCUUCCUGACCCCAAAUCCCGUGAUCGGUUGGACCCGGAGCAUGGGAGCAUCCAGGCAGCUGGAAAGAGGGUUUUCUGGCCCACCCCGCCAGCGUCUCAUCUCCAGCUGUGGCCGAUCCCCGAUGCGUCAGAGAAAGAUGGGGGGAGAAAAAUACCCCAGAUGCACCUGGCUCAUUGGGCACAUUGGGAGGUGGAGUGGGGGCGGGAGGGGGGGCCUUCCUGACCCUAGCAGCAACCAGCUGAAGCCCUGAAGCAUGAGUCUAGAUUCGAGCUUCCCAGUGCAAACAGGAAUUUUUCAAUGAGACUUUUUUUCCCCAUGGGAAAAGGCCGAUGCGCGGAAAACGAUACUGUCUGGGGAAGGGGUCGGUUCUGCUUCAUGGCCCUGGUUUUUUUUGGGGGGGGUGAGGGGGGGCGAUUUAAAAAAAAAAAAAGAGAGAGGGUCAGAAAAUGUCAAAAGGGGGAAGUUCCACGGUUUUGGCUGGAAAGGCCGAUUCUAGUUCAAGUCCGAGCGGAGACAAAACGGGGAGAUGCUGGCCUUUCCGAUGAACCUUCGGCUCCGGAACGUGGUGGCGAUUUCCCUGUGGGGGCUGCGGGGGGUGUCGAUCAUUUGCCCCCAUCAGCUUGAAGACCCGCGGGGGGCUAGGAAAACAGAGCCCAGCGCUGCCGGCGGACCGGCUCGGAGGGAAGCGAGGGCGGGGUUCACCUCCCCGGUGGUGCGCGGUGGGGCCGAUGCGUCGCGGAGGCGGCUGGAGGCCGCGGCCGCCUGGAGUUCGCGGGGGCCAGGGAGCUGCCUGGGAAAGGCGGCCGCGCAGAGCCAGACUUUUCCACCCGUUUCGUGCGAAAUAAAUGUGCUGUUUGAACGC